AUGUGGCAGCGUCUGAGAGGCAACAUUUUGACCUCGACAACGGUGCGGCCGGAAGCACCGAGGCUCGCAUCGAGUACGGCCCUUGCAGAGCAAAAAGCAGGUCUGCGGAACCUGCACCAGUAUCCUACUGCUCGAUACAAGAGUUUGGUGAAGGACCGCCGUCGCUUUGCAAGAAAUUGGUGGCUGACUGCUGGCAACAACUACGAGUUGGUUCACGAAGUAGGACACGAGCGAGAGGCCACUGAGUGCUUCGCAGAAUACGCCCAGGAUUCAAGUAACGAUGUUUAUCUCUUUUCUACCAACAGACUGGAUGAUCUUCCCCCGCGGGAUAGACUUAACGCUAUCGUCGGGAUCAUGCGGUCGCGCUGGAAGGUGAAUGAUGGUAACCGAGGUUUUGACAAGGCAAAACUGCUUCUCCAGGCUUUGGAGUGUUUUGCCGAAAUGCGCUUAUCUGGUCAGAUCAAGGAGUUUGAUGAGCUCCCGGAGCCGGACCAAGACACUUUCUUGCAGUACGUCGAAGGUUGCUCUCAGUUUGCGCAGGCGUGCUCCCACUCACAUCCCAAUGCUGCUGGAAUUUUGCUCCGUGCCGCUCAGAUAUGCGAAGAGAUGCGGUGUCCUGGAAAACGUGAUGAAAUGAUUCAUGUGGCUGAAGUUGCGGCCAAACGCCUGGACCGUGCAUACUCGUUCAGUCGUCCACACGACGUGCUGAAGCCGAUGCCGCCGUCACUGACUGAUAAUGAGGCCAAAUUAUGGUACAAAAGCACCAAGGAACUCGAGAACCGCUUUAAGGAUAGGGCACCGCAUGCUCUGGAAAAACGACGUCCUCCAGAAUACAUGCGCAUUCAUCAAGGCAAGCGGCAGUACCUUCCCAAGAUGAAGGAGGGUAACAAGUAUUUGGAGAUGUUGAAAUCUCCUGCGCGACCCGAGGUUGACAAAUGGACAUCGAACUCGGUGUAG